AAUCGAGGAGGAGCUCGGUCAUUUCGCCAGCCUCAUUCACUACACAGACAGACAGAAUGCAGCAGAAUCACUAUCUUUAACAUACCCCCUUCAAAUAAUUAGAAUAAUACUGUUUGGGGGAGAAACUGGAAAAAUAAAAAAUAAAACUUACCAAUUUAGCAAGAUGGUGUCCUGGAUCAUCUCAAGAUUAGUGGUGCUAAUAUUUGGGACACUGUACCCAGCCUACUCUUCAUACAAGGCAGUAAAAACGAAGAAUGUUAAAGAAUACGUGAAGUGGAUGAUGUACUGGAUAGUCUUUGCAUUUUUCACAACAGCGGAAACGCUCACAGAUAUCAUUCUUUCUUGGUUUCCAUUUUAUUUUGAACUGAAGAUUGCCUUUGUCAUCUGGCUGUUGUCCCCCUACACAAAAGGCUCCAGUGUGCUCUACCGGAAGUUUGUCCACCCAACGCUGUCCAAGAAGGAAAAGGAGAUUGAUGAGUACAUUACCCAGGCCAGGGACCGGAGCUAUGAGACUAUGAUGACGUUUGGAAAGAGGGGACUCAAUCUAGCAGCCAAUGCCGCUGUCACUGCAGCUGCCAAGGGUCAGGGCGUCCUCUCAGACAAGCUGCGCAGUUUCAGCAUGCAGGACCUGACGCUGAUCCACGACGAGGAGACGGUGCACCUGCGCAGCUCGGACCCGCGCAGCUCAGACCCACCCAUGCACACGUCCACCAGCAGCCUGCUGGAGACCAUGGCCGACUCCAGAGGGGGGGGCAGCGCAGGCCGAGAGAAAGCCCAACCAGAGGAGCUACAUCACAGUCAGAAGCUGGACGGGGACCAAUCAGACACGAGGACAGAGCAGUCUGAUGAGGACGCUGCGGACAGAGCCCCGAAACGCACACAGAGCGUGAAGACGGUGAAGAAAACCACAACGAAAACAGAGCCUCAGACAAAAACCGUGAAGAGGCAGCCAAAGAAAAAGACAACAACGGCACCCAGCAGCAACGAAACGGCGUGAGGUCCUUGGAGAGCGCGAGGGGGCUGUCCGCCUGUCCGCCUGUCUGUCUGUCUACCUGCCUUCCGCACGCCCACACACAUACACACUGCUGAACUACCCCGGCUUCCAGAGGGGCUGAGAUCACACCACUGUUGAGAUGACCCGGGGGUACUGGAUGCUGCAGCAAGCACAAGAGAAGCUGGAGGUGGUUUACAAAACAGUUUGGUAAUUUGCUUUGAGUUCCGGAUCUUGUCCGGGAUUCAUUUGAGAACUAUUAACGACCCCUUGUUUUAAAGUUAGGGCCCUCAACAAAGGAAAGUGAGCUUCUUACCAGAAAGUGCUUAGCAUGCUGCCAUUAUUUGAGGGCCUCAUCUUUUGGCUAUAAAAUGAAUACAUGUUUUGUGUAAAUUUAAGCAACAUAACGUAAGCAAAAAUGAGGGUACAUUUUAGGUUUUUAGUUGAAAAAAGGGAGUAUGUUUACUCAGUAGAGUGGUAUUACAUACAAUUAUAUUUUUAGUUUGGGAAAUAAGUUAAUGUAAUAAAUUAAAAUCAAUUUUGUUUAUAUAUCUAGUAGUAUAGGGCAUAACUUAUAUCCAAAGUGGGCCUUAAGUUUGAAAAAUCAGGCUGAACAAACCGUAGAAAUAUCGUAUUUAAUCCAACUACGCUGUGUUGUUAUAAAUCAAUGUGACAUGAGGCAUAAAUGCGCAGCGGAAAUAUAAUAACCCAAUAUAUAUGCAUUGUUAGUGGAAUAAAGAAACCCACGGCUACAGCAAAAUGUUAAUAUCAGAUUGAUAUUGUUUACUGUGAAGCAGUUUAGCAAAUUGUAACCAGGCACAGCUGUCAGCUAGGAUUUUGUUUUUAAUGAUAGAGAAACCUACCUAUAAUUUAGAAAAUGUUUUCUGGGUUAUUUCAUAUUUGCAAACAAACAUCGUUUGGUCUGCUUUCCUGAUAAUCAUUCAUCAGUCACGGAAAUUGACUUUAUUUAUACAAGUACUAUAUAUUAUAUUUGUAUAUAUGCUGUAUAUGUAUAUGUACAAUCAUGCCCUGCAUAUACUGUGUGUACCAUGUGUACUAGUUAUGUGUCUUUAUAUAUAUAUAUAUAUAUAGCAUAUACAGUAUACACAGGCAGCUAGAUAGAAUAUACAAUCAUGUAAAUGUAUGUAGAUGCAGCAACAUAUAUAUACAGUAUAUAUACUCUAUAUGGUCAUUCAUUUGAGAAGUCUUCUGUUGUAAAUGUCUAUUUAGUCCUGUUACAAAAUAAUUAUUUUGUUAAUAUCGGUAUAGUUUCAAUCCAAUGUACUUCGAUAUGCUGUAGUGAACGGUUUAUAUUAUUAGUGUAAGGAAAAGCAAUGGAUGUGGCGUCAGAGUAAAAGGCAGAUCAUGACAGAAGGAGAUAAGAAGAAAUACCACAAAGCAAAUGAGUGAAAAAGAAACAUAUUGAUUCGUUUGUUUGAAAAGAACAAAAAGACAUAUCGGUUGAAACAUCAGUUGGGUUUCCUCCGCUGUACUUCCUGCAUUGCUGCACUUCAGAUACCUGGAGCGCAAUCCGUUUUUAUUGAGGAUUCAGAUUUUCACUUGGGAGUGAAGAUAGCUGAGAGGGAUGAGAGCGUUCAGAUCUUCACUAAGUUUCCAACUUGUGUUUUUGUGUGUUUUGAUGAAAUAUCACUCAAAACUGUGUUCCUCCCAAGUCUUUCUCCUACCCUAGAGUACUGGUUCUUAAACUUUUUUGGACCUCUUGUCUGUGGAACUUGACGCCUCCCCCCCACCCCCCACUUUGCUUUAAGUAAAUACACAUUGGUUAAGAUGUGCGUGGCCCCCCAGGAUACAUUGUGCGCUCCCCAGUUUGCGAACCAUAGCCCUAGAGUACUCCAGCUGAAAUACCUGAAUCAUACUUUCUGCAUUCAGAUCUCUUUUUCAGAGAUGACACCAAUCUGUUGCUCUUUCAGUUUACGAAAAUCCUUGCUUUCAUUCCUAAAAGGGGGCAGAGAUAGCAUUGAGGGUAAAUAGUAAGAAGUAUUGAAGGUGUGGAGGCAAGUGAAUACGCAGUUAGUACUAGGAAAAGACAAUAAGGGUACAAAGGUGAUUAAAGGAGGGCUCAUGUGGAGACAAGGACAAAAGAAUGUGAGGAAUCUGAAGCAAGGAUUACAUCUAGUCGACUUUCGUGAGCAAAAAAUACAACCAGGUAUCUGGUAAUGGUCUGACUGCCAGUGAGGAGCAGUGGAAAUAGCAAACAAGCACUUCUCUAAACCCUGCUCUGCUCCAUACAACCAGUUGCUACCAACAAGUUGGAUCGGUCUGAGCCCUGCUUAACUGGGGUUAUUUAACUCCGAGAUAUCAUAGUAUUGCUCCAGAUACACCUCGUGGCAUACACAUUGCAUUGCAAGGAUUUUCAGGUUUUUUUUCCUCAUAUCUUAUAGCACUUGCUUUGGCGAUAUUUUUCCUGUGUAUAGUUUACGAACCAAAUUUUGCCUGACAACCACAGGCAUGACUAUCAGAGAGUCAUAUCUAAACCUGAUCCCUGCCCUAGUGUUGCAUUCGAUUAAAUUACUAAAGCUUGUUGUACUGUACGGUGCCAAUUCAAAGUCAAAAACACUCUGAACAGUCAAAACGUCCAAUUACGCAACAUUAACACAAUCCGCUGAUACACUAAAUGAGUUAUACCAUGAAAAUAUAACAGUUUGUUACAUUGGAUAAGUCAUCGAUAUCAGAAUAUAUGGCAGGCACAAGACUGUGUGUUAGGAUAUACCCAUCACCACAUUUCCAUUAGAUUGAUAUUGAUGACCUACCAGUGUACCAAGCAAGCACGUUCCUAGAAAUGCCCUUCUAUAAUACACACCUUAAAAGGGAUAUCCACUCUGAGUAACAAUCCCUGCCUUUGCUGGUUGUAAACUUUCCAGAGUAUAAGAGAGCUUUUGUUCAGGUGGUAUUACCUGUGAGGGGGAUGGUGGUUGAGGGGGAGAAGGGUUAUGGAUAUUAGAAUGAUAUUAAUGUCAUAUAUGAGAAACAAGUAGAAAAACAAGUAGAAGCAUGUUUAUGGAAUAUGUAAGGGGGUGAACGCUGUAUAUACAUUGAAGUGCAGUUUUCUUAAUAUAAAAAAAUUGUUGAAAUUAUAACUAAAAUACAUGAGGGAGUACUGUAUUCUUUAGGAGAUGCAUUGUUUUAUGUUUACAUUGACUAUAAUAAGUUCUUACACUAACGUCAGUAUUAUUUGAUUUUCAUCAAAACUUUGACUUAACUUGAGUUACAAGAGUUUAUUUUGAAAUUACUACCAGUGUAGUGUCUUUUCAGCGUUUUAUUUAUUUGAGUAUAUGGAAAAACAAUUCCACGAUCUUACCAGCAGGUGGCACAUUUAUCCAAGUUUUUGUUUCACACCGCAGGGGACUGUUCUGUUGCUAUAGUAACUAGGAAUUGUUGCGAGAUCUUUCAAAGCUCCGGUGAAUCAUUACAUCUCAGUAUAAGGGCGACUUAUUAAAAGCCGUACAGCAAUCAACGAAAAAGCACCUACAAUUGCAUGGACAUAUCAUUUGAUUACAGCAUUCUAAAACACAUACAUGUCUUAAUACAGGUUGAACUGGCCAUUUCUCUGUCUGGAUGCAUUUUUUUUCCUGCUGUAUUUUAGGUUCAGUUUCCUAAUGAUAGGCUUCUAGGCAGGGGUUGGGUUGUGUGCAUUAAAACCUUAAAAUGCUAUAGGGUGAUUCUGAAGUCGAUUAUUUACCGCAUGUAUCCCUUCAUUAUCAGUACUGGAGGUAAUUGUACAGUUGACCCUCUCUUUUAUGGUAUAUGCAAGAGGAUCUGUCACCCAAAGUGCAAAACAGUAAGCCACUCUUAUCCCACGACGGAGAGAGUCAGCUGUAAAGAGAACGCAAUAGAAUGUUCUUCCCCCUGUCUUUAGAGUUGUUGUCAGUUGGUAGUCUACCAUGCAUGAGACAACAGCUAUGGCAAAAUAAGGUGUUCUAAACUCUGCUAUAUUGAUUGCCAGAGAGUGGCUUCAUCAUUAUAUAUAUAUAGACACAUAUAUAUAUAUAUAUAUAUCUAUAUAUUCUUAUUUUUUAUUUUCAAAUUGAAACACACUGCAACGUAAAGUCACUUUUUAAUAUAAAGACCACUCCUGUAUUCAGUAUUAAGGCCACCAUCAAGUCUUCAAAGAAGACGAAUACAUUGGGACAGAGCUAGUAACCAUAUCUAAAGGAGUGCUGUUGUAUUCAUGUAUUUGCACUUUAUUAUUAUUAUUCGUUUAUUUAGCAGACGCCUUUAUCCAAGGCGACUUACAGAGACUAGGGUGUGUGAAUCAGCUGCAGUGUCACUUACAACUACGUCUCACCCGAAAGACGGAGCACAAGGAGGUUAAGUGAUUUGCUCAGGGUCACACAAUGAAUCAGUGGCUAAGGUGGGAUAUGAACUGGGGACCACCUGGUUACAAGCCUGUUUCUUUAACCACUGGACCACACAGCCUCCUUUAUAUGCUCCUCUAUCUUUUAGAUUAGUUACUCGGCAGGCAAUGUAAGCCUGGACACGUAAGUAAUACAUACAAUGAACCUUUAAAUAAUAAUAGGGCACAGUGUUAAAAUACACAUGAAUUAAAGCCUUUUCACGUGUAGAAAAAAAUAGAUCACUUCAGCGCCUCAUAUGAUUCAUUUUUUAAUGUUUUUUUUUUUUUUUUCAAUAUUGUUUUUGUGUCACCGGUGAGAUUUCUGAUGUUAUUAUUUUACAAAGAACUGCCUAUUUUAAUUGUUUAAAAAUGUUUUACAAAAAAAAAGAAAAAAAGAGUGGAAAUAUAAGUCUGAAAUGUACAAAAAAGGGAUGUAUUAAAAAUUGAA